CCACGUCAAUUAAGUGACGUCAGGCUGCUAUCGCCAUCUCUGUAUACACCCUCUUACCUUGAUUCAUUAAAACGUCGCGGGUGUUAGCCAUUUUGUGCUAACCUAUUGUACUUGUUGACAUAACUCCAGUUAUUAAUUUAUUCAAAUAACCUUUAGAAUUCUUAUAAUAAAUUGUCGUACUGACUGUAAUGUCCACCAUGAAUCCCGAAUAUGAUUACCUGUUUAAAUUAUUGCUUAUUGGAGAUUCUGGUGUAGGCAAGUCUUGUCUUCUGUUAAGAUUUGCAGAUGAUACAUACACAGAAAGCUAUAUCAGUACAAUUGGUGUGGAUUUUAAAAUCCGGACAAUAGAGCUGGAGGGAAAAACAAUCAAACUUCAAAUAUGGGAUACUGCUGGACAGGAGAGGUUUAGAACUAUAACAUCUAGUUAUUACAGAGGAGCUCAUGGAAUCAUUGUUGUAUACGAUGUUACUGAUCAGGAAUCAUUUAAUAAUGUGAAACAGUGGUUGCAAGAAAUUGAUCGUUAUGCAUCUGAAAAUGUAAAUAGAUUAUUAGUAGGCAACAAAUGUGACCAAACACCAAAGAAAGUAGUAGAUUAUGUAACAGCCAAAGAAUUUGCUGACCAGCUGGGCAUCCCUUUUCUUGAAACAAGUGCGAAAAAUUCUACAAAUGUGGAACAGGCUUUUAUGACAAUGGCUGCAGAGAUCAAGCGACGUAUGGGUCCACCAACUAGUGCAGCUGAUGCGCAACGGCAAGGGGAAAGGAUCAACCCGAGUUCUCCGGUUAAAACGCAAAGUGGUGGAUGUUGUUAGAAAUGAAAUGAAUUGGAAGAAAAUGUUUAAACAUCUGCAGAUUGUAUUCAUAUAUGGUGAAAUUUCCAAGCAAUUUUUUGGCAGGUAGAAAUAAGAAAUCUGCCAGGACAUUAAAAACCAGGUUAUGUUUAGAACUUCAUAUUGUGGCACCAUUUUAUUCCUUCCCGUUAUUUUAUAAAUUUUUAGAUUUAUUUCAGGCUGUACUGUAUUGUGUCAAAUGAUAUUAAAAACAUUCUCAAAUUCA